AUUCUCGGCUGUAAAAGCGGAAGUGGGUGUAUUGUCAUCUCCAAGCGCCUCCUACUUCUUGAAAUAUUUUUUAAAAUGUAGCGACAUCGGAAAGUACAUGACUAAUGCACAACUAAAAUCAUCAGUGUCCGGGUUGGAUUUGGGGCAAUGGACGAGAUUCGUCCAUUACUCCCUCAGCACCAACAGAACGUUGAGGACCCUUCUCCGAACCUGAGGCCGAGGCACGAGGAGCUGAUACCCACACCAUGUGGACCAAUAAAGCGGUGGUCGGAGCUCCAGUGCCUCGUGAAGGUCUACUUCUGCUUCACUUGCUGCUCCAUGCUGGUGCUCCUCAUCCUCACUAUAAUCAACAUCGCAAAUGAGAGCUGGAAAAAGGGCGAAGACGAUGACCUCAGUGUCUCUCUCAUCCAGCUUGUGGGCAUCUUGUUCUGCGUGUACUACAUCACACGAGGCGUGCUGCAGGAAAACUGGCAGGAGCUAAGCAUCUUUGGGCUUUGUGUGCUCGUGGUCAUGGUGCGCUCUGUCGUCAACUUCAGCGUCCGGAAAGACAAAGAUAUGCUUCUAAUGGUGAGGUUUGUGUGCAUCAUGUGUGUGGGUGUGAUACACCUGAUCUGUGCCUUGCUGCUCAUCCUCAGGCCCAACAUGAUGGCCUUCAGGGUGGGCGGAGCUUUGGAAAGCCUGCAGAAGCAAUAUUUCUUUCUCAAUCUCUGCUUCUCAAUGGUGACUUUUGAUCUUCAGGCACAGCUGUGCUUGUGCAUCCUAAUCCUGACAUCGGGCCCCUCUGUGUCCACCGCUCACACUAUCAUUCUGGGAAUCGGAGUCGGUUGGGCCAUCAUUACUGCUGUGACUGGAGCCAUUUCCGUCUUAAAAGAAGUGAAGCCACUGGUCUGGAUUUUUGUCCUCCAGAACUUACCUCAGCUGGCUUAUUUUAUUUACCUGCUGUACACAAUCAUUUCUGACUGGGGACAGAGUCCAACGUACAUACUGGAGGCCGCAUCCAUAACGGGCUGUCUGAUCUCGGUGGCCAUCAAAUGCGUGCUGUUCUGGGGCUUGUUCCAUCUCUACCGCAGCUUCGGCCAGGGUCUACGCGAGAGAAUGUUUGCUGCAGAUAAGCAGUAAAGAUCAUUAUGAAGUGGACCAGCAAGAAAAAUCUCUGCACUGAGGACAGUGAGUAGGGAGUCCAAAUAACGCAAACUCACAAAUCUUAAGCUAAGCAGCUUCUUCAACUGGAAGACAUAUCUAUAAAUCAAUUUCGGACGUAAACUAAGAGAGCCAACACUGCCAUUAUUUCUUCGAUAUUCCAUACAAAGAGUCUACAGAAAUCCAGCUCUAAAAUCUUUAAGAGAACAAAUACUCAGAGGAAUUCAUUUUUAUCUGUAAAGGUUAAGAUUGAUUUUUAUUGAACAUGGAAAUGCCAAGUUAAUCAUGUAAUGUUAUUAACUCCAUCUUUAUCUGUUCUCUGUUUUUAUGCUUUGUGAACCUUUUAACUCCAAUCUCUUCUUUUCAGUAUUUCUUUUAUAUGUUAAUUUAUGACUGGAUACAUAUCAACAAAUUGUACCAAUAUGUACCAAACUGCAUGCCUGUAUAUUUUCAGUAGCAGUUACGACGUCUAUUCAAAACAUACAUCAGACACUCCAUUGUAAAUCACGAAAUAAUCUAAGCAUAUUACAGUGUUUCUAAUUAUAUGACAUCAGUUUAAAACCUUCAGCAAACACUGAAUUGCAUGCAAAAGCACUCCAUACUGGGAUUCAUUUCACUUGGAUGUACAGCAGGGUCCAAAAGUCUGAGGCCACAAUGAAAAUAUAGGAUUUUUUUAUUUAUUUAAAAAAUCCCCUGAAUGUUCUAGAGGGGAAAAAAUGAAACCAUCUUGCUUAAUCGCUAUACAAGAUGCACAAUUUCUAGGUCACUGUUUGAAUACAAGUAGAUUCGUCUUGGUACGAAAGGUCGGAUUUUCAGUUCGUCUCAUCCGGUCUAUUCAAGCAUGUAAUCAGGCGACACACUGAUGGAUUUGAUCUAAAACGGAUCAUCAGGUUUUAGACAAACUUUUGGAGGUCAUGCCAGCUCGAGUGCAUACUCUUUAAUUAAAGCCAAAACACAAAUACUAAGAAACUCGAAUACACAAAUACUGAAUCAUUAAAUUGAAAAUACCAAGCAAGAGCAUUUUCACAAGCAGGUUUCACUUCCAUUGUUCUCAGACUUUCCGGACAACACUGUAUGUGAAAGUGUUUUGUUUUUUUUCUCCCUUUGCUGUUAUUCCCUUGAGAGCACAUUUUUACUGUGAAUGUUACUUGGUUAUUGAUUUAUGAUUUUAUACGCUAACCUCAGAAUGCUUUAUCAUUUCAACACACACAAUGAGCUCAGUGUUAAGGAAGUGUUAUGAAAGGGAACAAAAUUGUUCUCUUUUCUCUCACAUUGUUCUCUCCUGUGAUGUUUGAUUACUGAUCCCUAUGUAGGGAAACCAAAGUUCACUGACCUUAAUAAAAUAGUAUACUUUUUUAUUUAGGUAACCGAUGCUCUUUUUUUUUUUUUUGUAGAUUCCAGCACUGUUUCUACUUUACAUGCUGUACAGAACCGAAAAAGUUUAACCGUUAUGAAUGUUUUCUGUUCUGUGUUUUGAUAAUAUGAUUUUAUUACUAUCAGAAACAUGUAUUUAUGAUACAAAAUUUAAUAAAUAUAUUUUAAACUA